AUGGACGCCGCAGGACUUCUCAAAAAGCAAGGCUGGCGCGGUCUCGGCCAUUCGCUCGACAACAACAACAAAGGUCUUCGCAAACCGCUUCUCGUCAGCAAGAAAGUCGAUGUGCUAGGAGUUGGAAUCAACAAGGCCGAUGUCAUUCAGGGUCAAUGGUGGUUGAAGGCCUUUGACAGCAGUUUGAAAGAUUUUGGAACUGGCAAGAGGAGUAUCCUGGCCAAUGUCAAGGAUCACGGAAUUAAGAGGGGUGGCUUGUAUGGACGUUUCGUGCAAGGAGAGGGUGUGCCGGGAACGAUAGGUGUUGUUGAUCCCAAGGUUGCUGCGCUGGCAUCUGCUGUUGGUCCUGCUACGGGUGUCAAGAGGAAAGCUGAGGAUGAUGAAGAUGAAGACAAGACGGAAAAGAAGAAGGCGAAAAAGGACAAGAAGGAGAAGAAGCGAUCAAAAUCCACUUCCGCAUCAUCA